AAUGCAUACAAUAUGGAAGCUGACCCUUCCUUAGUCAGCACUUCGCCCAGUACAAAGCUUUCCCACUCAAAGGAAGCAACUAUUCCGAAUGACUUCAGCAACUACGAAUUGACCAAGCCCGUUGAUGAGAACCCGAUAUAUGAUAGUAUGUAUCAAGCGACGUCGAUUAUCCCGGCACAGCCGCCGAGAGAUCUCAAAGGCAGAUUGAUCUGCGGCCGCAAAGAAUGUGCCCACAUGACCUUUGGCACACCAAGUCUAUGGAGACAACACAUGGACCGUCAUACCCGUCCAUACAAGUGUGCCAUCACCAAUUGUUCCGCACACUCAGAAGGUUUCGGCUCAAAAGGCGAACUCAGACGGCACGAAAACAGCGUUCACCCCCAACCGAGCUCUUUCUCAUCCUCAUCCGGCUACAAAAAGUUCUACUGCCCUGUACCGAGUUGUCCUCGCUCUUAUGCAUCUGGGCUAUCAGGCACAAGUUCGAGAAACAGACCUUUUUCUCGUAAAGACAACCGACAGAACCACAUAUCUCGCAAACACCGAGAUCUUUAUCCAUCGACAUUCACAGCAAUCAAUUCGCAAGCUGGGGCUCGUCACAUCACGCCUGAGUCCCCGGACCACGAUGUAUAUGCCGAAGAAGAGGAAAUGAGUAUAAGAAGAAUAAUAUCAGAUCCAGCGGUCACCAAACCAGCUCCCGAUAUAGAGGAACACGAUCGCAUGCCUGUCGACGAACCUCCGACGCCAGACUACGUGAAUCGCGAGCAUAGUAGUGCUGUUGCAACCACAAUUACUACUGCUACCGUUGCUGCUAUCGCACCCACCGCUGCGAUGGAUGAAGCGCAAUUCCACAGACCGCGAGAACAAGAUGAAACAAUGAAAGACAAGGUGGACGAAACCGAAGAAUUGAGACAAAAAGUGAAAGACCUUGAGCGUGACUUGGAAAUAUGGAAGAAGCGGGUGGAGAGUCUUAUCGAUGUUCUUGGGUCCAAGUCGAAGUAG